AUGGCCUUGUCUGUGGAGAGAGCCGCCGGCCGCCGCGAGUACAAGGUCAAGGACAUGUCGCAGGCCGACUUCGGCCGCCUCCAGAUCGAGCUCGCGGAGGACCAAAUGCCCGCCCUCAUGUCCUGCCGCCCGGUGUUCGGCCCCUCGCAGCCCCUCAAGGGCGCGAGGAUCACCGGCUCCCUCCACGUCACCCCCCAGACCGCCGUCCUCAUCGAGACCCUCACCACCAUGGGCGCCAUGGUCCGCUGGUGCUCGAGCAACACCUUCUCCACCCCGGACCACGCGGCAGCCGCCAUCGCCUGCGACUCCGCUGCCGUGUUCGCCUGGAAGGGCGAGACCCUCCAGGGCUACUGGCGGUGCAUGGAGCAUGCUCUCGACUGGGGCCCUAGUGGCGGCCCCGACCUAAUCAUCAGCGACGGGGGUGACGCCAUCCUCCUCAUCCAUGAGGGCAUCAAGGCGGAGGAGGCCUACGAGAGCACUGGGAAUCUCCCCGACCCGGCGUCCACUGACAACCCGGAGUUGCAGAUCGUGCUGAACAUAAUCAGGGAUGGGUUGGAGACCAAUCCGAAGAGGUAUCACAAGAUGAAGGGGAGACUUGUCGGAGUCUCGGAGGGGGCCGCCGCUGCUGUCGAGAGGCUGCACCGGAUGCAGGCCAACGGGACUCUCUUAUUCCCCGUCAUUAAUGUCAACGACUCUGUCAUCAUCAAGACCAAGUUUCAAAACUUGUGCGGUUGCCGCCCCUCCAGGCCGGACGGUCUAAUGACGGCCAUCGACGUCAAGAUCGCUGGUAAAGUUCUCGUGGUCUGUGGAUAUGGAAACGUGGGCAAGGACCACGCUGCUGCCCUCAAGGAGGCCGGUGCUCGCGUCAUCGUGACCGAAAUCGAUCCUAUUCGUGCUCUCCAAGCUCUCAUGAAAAGUAUCCAGGUCCUAACCCUGGAGGAUGUUGUCUCCCAGGCUGACAUCUUUGUCGUCACUGCCGGCGGCAGCAAGGGCAUCAUCACGGUCGACCACAUGAGGAAGAUGAAGAACAACGCCAUCGUCUGCAACACCGGUCCCUUCGAUAAGGCGAUCGACAUGCCUGGCCUUGAGAGCUUCCCGGGCGUGAAGCGCAUCACCUUCAAUCCCCAGACGGACAGGUGGGUCUUCCCCGAUACCGAGUCGGGCGUCAUUGUCUUGGCGGAGGGACGCCUCGUUAACUUGGGUUGCACCAUCAGCCACCCUAGCUCGGUGAUGUCUACCUGCUCCUUCACGAACCAGGCGAUGGCCCAGCUCGAGCUGUGGAUGGAAAGGGACACCGGCAAGUAUGAGAAGAAGGUCUACGCCUUGCCCAAGCAUCUGGACGAGAAGGUGGCCAGUCUUCACCUCGCCAAGCUCGGCGCUAAGCUUACCAAGCUUAGCAAGGAGCAUGCCGACUAGAUCAGCGUCGCCGUUUUAAGAUUCUUGA